AUGAAAUUAAAUUUAAAUGAAAUUAAUAAACUAAAAUCUGAAAAUGAAGAGCUUACAAAUAAUAUUUCAAUUGAAAAAGAAGGAUUAAAACAAGUUAAUGAAGAAGUAAAUGCUAUUAAAGAAGAACGAGAUGAAUUAGUUAAACAAAUUAGAAACAUAGAAGAGGAAAAAAGAAAAGUAGAAGAAGAAUUAAAUCUCAAUGGAAGUGAGCUUAAUGAACGAAUAAUACAAAUAAGUAAUGAAAAAGAAGAAGUUAGUCAAGAAUGUAAUGAGCUGAAAAAUAGUUUAAAAGAACUACAAAACAAAAUAGAAGAAAUUGAACAAGAAAAAGAAGGUAAUGAAAUCAGUAAGAAAGAACAAAUAGAAGAGUUACAAGAAGAAAUUAAUGAAAGAGAUAAUGACAUUAAAAACCUGAAAGAAGAAAUAGAAAGAAUACAAAAAGAAGUUCAAGAAAAAGAAGAAGAUAAGGAACAAAUAAGUACUACAGAAGAAGUUGAAGAAUUGAAGAAUGAACUUAUAGAAACACAACGAUUACUAGAAGAAGAAAGAAAAGAAAAAGAAUCUAUUUCUAAUGAAUUUGAAGAAACAAAAGAACAAGUUCUUGUCGAAUUACAAAGAGUUAAUGACGAAAUGAGUAAAAUGAAUGAAAUUAAACAAGAAGAUGAGAAAGAGAAAGAAGAAUUAAAAGAAGAUAUUAACAGAUUAAAGAGUCAAAUAGAAAGAGAAAAUGAACAAUUAAAAGAAGUUAGUAAAAUUAAAUGGGAAUUAAGUGAAUUAAAAACUGAAAAUGAGAGUAUGAAACAGAUGAUUAUGAAUAAAAAAACAUUAUUAGAUAAUACAGAUGAUUUUAUAUUAAUGAGUUUAGAAUAUUUAUAUUUUGAUUCAGUUUGGGUAACAUUAAAAAUGGAAUUAUUAGAUGAAGAAGAUUUAGAUGAUUCAAUUGGAGAUCGACUAGGAAUUAAUACAUUAAAAUUAUUUAAAAUAUGUUAUAAUUCAACAACUUUCAACAAUUACAGAGAUUGGUUACUACAAUAUAUAAAAGGAGAAAUUUCAAUUUAA